GAACUGCCGUUAAUCACGACGACGAAUGAGAGCGUAAACAGGAAAGGAAAAAAGACGAGCAGACCGAGUGUGUGUGUUUGCAAAUUUUUCCCGCAGAUCGCCUCUCAGAUCUAAACAAGAACUCAACAUGGGGAAGCGACAGCACCAGAAAGAUAAAAUGUACAUCACAUGUACAGAGUACACGAACUUUUACGGAGGGAAAAGAGCAGAAAUCCCACAGGCAAACUUCAGACGGCUUCCGUUCGACCACUGCAGUUUGUCCCUUCAGCCGUUUGAGUAUCCUGUCUGCACUGAGGACGGAGUCGUCUUUGACCUUCUGAGCAUCGUUCCAUGGAUUAAGAAGUAUGGCACUAAUCCGAUCUCUGGAGAGAAACUUGAAGCAAAGUCUCUCAUCAAACUCAACUUUACCAAGAACAACGAGGGAAAGUAUCACUGCCCCGUUCUCUACAACGUCUUCACAAAUAACUCUCACAUCGUUGCCAACAAGGUCACCGGCAACGUGUUUUCUCAUGAGGCUGUCGAACAACUCAACAUUAAAACCAAGAGUUUUAAAGAUCUGCUGACCGACGAACCCUUCACCAGAAAGGACUUAAUAACACUGCAGGAUCCCACAAACCUGGAUAAAUUCAACGUUUCCAACUUCUUCCAUGUUAAAAACAACCUGAAGGUGUUGGAUCCAGAUGAGGAGAAGGCGAAGCAGGACCCGGCGUACCACCUGAAGAGCACCAAUCUGGAGACCAGGGAGACGUUAGCUGAGCUGUACAAAGACUACAAGGGGGAUCAGCUCCUGGCGUCCACCAUGAAGGAGCCGGAGGCCAAGAAGACGGACAAGUUAAACGCUGCUCACUACUCCACCGGCAGAGUUUCCGCCUCCUUCACAUCCACGGCCAUGACCCCUGCAACAACACAUGAAGCAGACGCCAUCGCUGACGACACCGUGCGUUACCAGUACGUGAAGAAAAAAGGCUACGUCCGUCUAAACACCAACAAAGGAGAACUGAAUCUGGAGCUACACUGUGAUAAGGUUCCCAAAGCCGGAGAGAAUUUCAUCCGUCUGUGUAAAAAAGGAUACUACGACGGGACGAUCUUCCACAGGUCCAUCCGGAAUUUCAUGAUUCAAGGAGGGGACCCCACAGGCACCGGAACAGGAGGUGAAUCCCUCUGGGGGAAACCUUUCAGGGACGAGUUUCGGCCGAACCUGUCCCACACUGGCCGGGGCGUCCUCAGCAUGGCAAACUCUGGUCCGAACACCAACAAGUCCCAGUUCUUCAUCACAUUCCGGUCAUGCACCUACCUCGAUAGAAAGCACACAGUAUUUGGACGGGUUGUCGGUGGAUUUGAGACACUCACGGCCAUGGAGAAUGUGGAGAGUGAUCCCAAAACAGACAAACCAAAGUCGGAGAUCAAGAUCAUCAGUACGACUGUGUUCGUCAACCCAUAUGAAGAGGCUGAUGCUCAGAUCGCAGCAGAGCGAGAAAAGGAGCAGCAGAAGCAGGAGGAGGAGAGGCAGCAGGCCAGCAUCACUCUGAAGAAAGCCAAGGAGGAGCAGGCGCCAAAGACCUUCAAAGAAGGUGUGGGGAAAUACAUCAACCCUGCCACAAUAAAACGUUCGGCUGCUGAAGAUGAAAGUGGACCGUCCACCAGCGGAGCAGCGGUGGCCAAGAAGUCCAAAGGCAAGACUGGCUUCGGAGACUUCAGCUCCUGGUAGCACAGACACAUUCAGCAAUUCUGUAUUUUUUACCCAUCAGGCUAAGUUUAGGCAAAAUUAAUUUCAUUCAUACUUUAAUUUUUGUAUUGUUUAUCGUCUCUUUAGUUUUGGCACCGUGUGAAAUUAUAAAUUAAAGCUACGUUUUUUCCAAAGAUA